UUCUUAGUUGGCUUGUGGGGGGCAAUUUUGGGAAUUAAAUGGAUAAUUUAGGUAUCAGCCAUCUAUUAAAGGAAGUGACAAUGCAAACCCCCCUAUUGAAAUAUUUCCAAGCCAAAAAUAGGUAAUCACAGAAAAAGAUCCAAGCUAGGAGAGGGAGAGAUGGAAGUAGCUAAAGUUUUCCACAUGAAUGGAGGAACUGGAGAAGCUAGCUAUGCAAAAAAUUCUCUGCUUCAGCAAAAGGGGAUUCUCAUGACAAAGAAAAUAACAGAUGAAGCUGUAACUGCUCUCUACCGCAGCCAUUCCCCAGAAACAAUUUGUAUUGCGGACUUAGGUUGUUCCUCUGGGCCUAAUACUUUCUUGGGGGUCACUGGACUUAUUAAAACUAUUCAUCAAGAAUGCAAAAGCAAUGGUCACCGGUCACCGGAAUUUCAUGUUUUCUUGAAUGAUCUUUCCAGCAAUGAUUUUAAUAGCGUUUUUCGAUCGUUGCCAGCAUUCCACGAAGAUUUGAAGAAACAAAAUACGGGAGGAGAAGGAUUUGACCCUCCUAGUUGCUUUGUAGCAGGAGUUGCUGGGUCGUUUUAUAAUAGAAUUUUCCCUUCCAAGAGUCUCCAUUUUGUCCUCUCCUCUAACAGUCUCCACUGGCUUUCUCAGGUGCCUGAUCGAAUAGAGAAUAAUAAUGGGAAUAUUUACGCAACAAAUACAAGCCCACCAAGCCUCCUUAAAGCAUACUAUGAGCAAUAUGAAAGAGAUUUUGCAAUUUUUCUCAAGUAUCGUUCAGAUGAGUUGGUGAAAGGUGGGCGUAUGGUAUUAACCAUGUCCGGCAGAAAAAAUGAAGAACGCAGCUUCAACGAAGGGUCUCGUUACUUGUUGGAGCCCUUAGUCAGGGCCCUCAAAGACCUAGUUGCCGAGGUAAAUCCAGGUUGUAUCGAAGAACCUAAUUUGGGAUCAAGUUCUUGAGCGGUUAAAGGAUGUUCAGUCUUUGACCAGGCUGUCUUCCGUUGACUUGGUAUUGACUGUGAAUUCCUUCUAAGACUGCUAAGUGUCUGGUCAAAUAGUCUUUGCCCCGGUACAUUUAUUCAAUACAUAUUUCCUCCCACCUUUCGAGCAGAUGUCGAGAGUUGUCCGAGAAAUGGAAAAUUAUAGAUAGUAAUAGGGCGUGUCUUUCAAUAUUACUCUUCAGUCUAAUUUGGCGAACAUCUUCUCAACGUCACGUCUGUGAUACGUGGUGAAACCGAAUUGGGAAUGAUAUCACCAAUUACCUAGGCAAUAAUGAUCUUUAGUUUAUAAAUACCAGAUCUUUUUUUUUGUUCCUUUUCUUCGCCAUUUUCAUCUUUCUUCCAAGGUUUUUCAUUGUUCUCUUUCUGAGUUUCUUAAAUCCAUUAUUUGUUCGAUCUUCUAUUUCUCAAUUCUCAUCACUUUCAUCUUCAUAUUUGCAUACUUAGCCGUGUAAUUUUAAGACCUAAACCUUAAACAUAGUCAACACUCCCCGCCAUUGGCUCUAGUGUCGUUGAGAAGCGCAGACUAUCGUCAAAGAAGUGGAAAAUGAGGGAUUGACUAGAUUGGUGAGGAAAAGGAAAGCCUCCUCCAACAAGCACUCAUCUAGGAAUUAGGGGGCCGACAAGGAUCUCAAUCCUGAAGUGACAAUAUUUAACAUAUUUCCUAGGGAGUUGGACUUCUCUUUGAAUUGUUGAUCUUGCGAAAACAAUGAAGCAACGCGGUGAUUGGAACAGACUAGUAGGUGGGUUUACAUUUUUGUUACGGGUAACCAUCUUCCUAUUGUUCGGAUGGAUUGUGGAUGGGAAGAUUCAGAUGUACAUAUUUACUUCGUCCUGAUGAGUGGUUGAAUCAUUGAUCGUUGCGAUGACGCUUCUUUUGUGUACACAUAUUCCUUCACUAUCAGGUUCAAGCUUCUCGUGCCACGAGUCAUCGAUGAGUUAUGCAGAAGAUAUAAGAUCUGCUUGGCUGAAGUGAAGCUCAGGUGUGGAGGCUUGUUGCGUGCCUGCAACAUUGACUUGACUCAUGAUAAUUGUGGUAUCAGAGCCUAUACUUCUUUAGUACAAUGGUGGGGCAAACCUCGGAGAAGAUGCUGAGUCCCUAAAGAGGGUGUAUGUGAUGCCCCUGAGGGAGAGCCGGCUAAUGAGGGCGAGCCAAGAGCAGGCUAAUGACAGAGAGCCGGCUAAUAAGCCCUUACUUGUUGAUCUCUGGGUAAAAGUCCCUUAAUUAAAACAUGGAAAAUGCUAUUGGAAGUGUAUUAAAAAAAAAAAAAA